AUGGAAGAUAAACAGAUAAUUGAGGAAUCAAGAACCUUCAUAGGUUUUAAGAAGGGCCCCAAGCAACAACAAAUCGACUGCUUAGUAGCUUUGCUUGAAAAAAGGGAUGUAAUGGCCAUCCUUCCUACAGGUUUUGGUAAAAGCAUCAUCUACCAACUAGCUCCUUUUGUCACUAGUUUGAAGAGGGGUAUCCCACUUGCUGAUAUUAAAUCGUGUGUAAUAGUGAUCACCCCACUUAACAGUAUAAUGGUAGAUCAGUGUACCUCCUUAUCCAAGAUGGGGAUUAAAUCUUGUGCUUUAGAUUACCAAUGUACCCAAGCAGAAACAUUUCUAGUGGACGACAUUGAUGAUGAUAUGGAUGAUGAGGAAAUUAGUGAUGCACAAGAGAUAUCAACAUUGGUUUCCUUAGAAGAUGUUGCAUCAGGAAAAUACCAAGUUAUUUAUGCGCACCCAGAAGCUCUGAUCAGUACACGGAAAGGAGACUUGUUGAUGAAUAAUUUGUCAAAGAAUAAACACCUAUCUUGCAUUGCUAUAGAUGAAGCACACAUGAUACUGGAAUGGUAA